GUGCAUUCGCUAUUCUCCUGAACUGCGUCUCAGAAGCACUGACAGCAUCUGGCGAAGCGAGCCUCACUGAUAAACGAGCUGGGUGUCGAUGCUCGUCUAGGAUACAUGAAGAUAAAGAAGAAAAGGAUUUUACGCUGUCUUUGCUUAAUUCAGACGUGCUGUGAGGAGAUGGAAUGGAACUAACCUUCUGUUAUGGCAACACCUCGCAAAGAUUGGUCCGCAAACCGUAUUCUGGAUCCAGUGAUUUAAUGAGCCCGUCGCAGCUUCAGCAGCCAUGGAACAGAUGGACUGUAAACCCUACCAGCCUCUCUCCAAGGUCCGACGCGAGAUGGAGCUGGGGUACACCAGCUCCUCAGACGAGAGCGAGGACGGACAGAACCUGCGCAAAUCUUACACCUCCCGGGAGACGCUGCCCGACUACGGCCAGGAUCUGAGGCUUAACUACAAUAGCCACAGCAAGAAGAAAAACACAGCCAAUGAGCCGGAACAAGAGCUGGAGUUCUGUGAAACUCCGCCCCAGAUGAUGUGCCCAAGCUUUCAGGCAGAGCUGCAUGGUUACCCGCUGGGUGUUGGCUCGGAUAUCGACACGGAGGCGGAGGGCAGCCCCUCGCCCAACCACGCCCUGCGCCUCUGGAUGCGGGAGAUCAAGUCGGAGCACAGCUCUUGUCUGUCCAGCCGGGCCAACUCUGUGCUGUCCCUGACCGACACUGAGCAGGAGCGAAAGUCGGAUGGAGAGACUGAGCUCCCCAGCAGUCCCCAUGCGCAUUUCACCUUCAGGCCCCUCCCACCGCCUCCGCCCCCUCCGCACGCCUGCACCUGUGCCCGCCCAGCCCCCCACGCGCCCCACGCGUCCGAGUCGCUGCAGAGGAAGACGCUGCCCGUGCGCAGCCAGAGCAGUCAGGUGGCGGACACAGGCGGAGCGCAUACGGAUGCGCAGCUCCACAACAGCUGGGUCCUCAACAGCAACAUCCCGCUGGAAACCAGACAUUUCCUGUUCAAACAUGGGUCAGGUUCAUCAGCCCUCUUCAGUGCAGCCAGCCAAAACUACCCCCUCACCUCCAACACGGUGUAUUCCCCGCCCCCACGCCCCCUACCCAGGAGCACCUUCUCCAGACCUGCGUUCACCUUCAGCAAACCCUACAAGUGCUGCAACUGGAAGUGCACUGCCCUCAGUGCCACGGCCGUCACUGUAACGCUAGCACUCCUGCUUACUUAUGUCAUUGCAGUGCACUUGUUCGGCCUCACUUGGCAUCUCAAACCAGCGGACGGGCAGCUGUACGAGAAUGGCAUCAGCAAAUUCAACAAGGACUCCGAAACCAUGGAAACCACCUUUUCGCCUCCAGACACAUCUGGUCCUGACAAGAGCAGCAGAGGUGAUAAAGCAGAUAAAGGUGUGUAUCAGAGGGGCAAAGCCAUUGAUAGAGGGGAGGUGGAUAUUGGGACCCAGAUGAUGCAGGCCAUUCCCCCAGGACUGUUCUGGAGGUUCCACCUCACUGUUCACAACCCGACCUACGUCAAGUUUAACAUCUCACUGGCCCGGGACGCGCUGCUGGGGAUCUACGGACGGAGAAACAUCCCCCCCACACACACUCAGUUUGAUUUUGUCAAGCUGCUGGAUGGAAAACAGCUGAUUAAACCAGAGACAAAGGGGACAGAGGAGUCCAGUUCUGCGCCAAGGAAUCUGAUCCUCAAUGCCCUGCAGGAGACUGGCUUCAUCGAGUACAUGGACCCGGGAACCUGGUAUCUGGCCUUUUACAAUGAUGGAAAGAAGAUGGAACAAGUGCUUGUUCUCAGCUCCAUCAUCGAAACCAUGGAUGGGUGCUCCACUAACUGCAACGGGAAUGGGGAGUGUGUCGCAGGCCACUGUCACUGUUUCACGGGGUUCCUUGGACCUGACUGUGGAAAAGACUCCUGCCCGGUCCUGUGCAGCGGGAACGGGGAGUACGAAAAGGGCCACUGUCUCUGUCACCCCGGCUGGAAAGGUCCAGAGUGUGACAUCCAGGAGGAUCAGUGCAUCGACCCCACCUGCUCCAACCACGGAACCUGCAUCCAGGGCAUCUGUGUGUGCAGCCCCACCUACAAGGGCAACAACUGCGAGCAAGUGGACUGCCUGGACCCCCAGUGUGCGGGUCAUGGAGUGUGUGUGAAGGGCGAGUGCCUGUGCUCACCUGGGUGGGGUGGGGACGGCUGUGACAGCCCCCUGCCAGCAUGCCAGGAGCAGUGCUCCGGACAUGGCACCUACCUGCCUGACACUGGCACGUGCACCUGUGACCCCAGCUGGACCGGCUCUGACUGCUACAUAGAGGUGUGUCCGGUGCCUUGCGGCAGCCACGGUGUGUGCUCGGAAGGGCGGUGCCAGUGUGAGGACGGGUGGGAGGGGCCUGGCUGUGACCAGCGGGCGUGUCACCCUCGGUGUGAGGAGCACGGCCAGUGCCGGGAUGGGAAGUGCGAGUGUCAACCCGGCUGGGAAGGGGAUCACUGCACGAUCGCACACUACUUGGAUGCUGUUGUCAAAGAUGGCUGCCCGGGCCUGUGUAAUGGCAACGGGAGAUGCACCCUGGAGCAGAGCGGGUGGCACUGCGUGUGCCAGGCAGGCUGGAGCGGCGUAGGCUGCAACAUCGUCAUGGAAACGGAGUGCGGCGACGACACGGACAACGACGGAGAUGGACUGACAGACUGUGUGGACCCAGACUGCUGCCAGCAGGCCAGCUGUUCUAGCGGCCCUUUAUGUCAGGGUGCACCCGACCCACUGGAUCUGGUCCAGCAGAACCAGACGCCCUUCGUCCUGCUGCCCCCGCGGCUGUUCUUCGACCGCGUCCGCUUCCUUGUGGGCAAAGCCAGCACCCACAUCCUGCCCGGGGACCUGCCCUUUGACAGCAGCCGCGCAUCUGUUGUCCGAGGCCAGGUAGCGGCCGUGGAUGGAACCCCACUCGUCGGGGUGAACAUCAGUUUCCUACAGCACCCUGAGUACGGAUUCACCGUCAGUCGCCAGGAUGGAAGUUUUGACCUGGUGGCUGCCGGAGGGAUCUCGGUGACACUGACAUUUCAGCGCGCCCCCUUCAUCACCAAAAGACGCACCGUGUGGUUACCGUGGAACCAGUUUGUGGUACUAGACAAGGUCACCAUGGACAGGGUAGAGGCUCCGCCCCCUAUCUGUGACAUCACCAACUUCAUCAGUCCCUACCCCAUCGUCUUGCCAGCUCCACUCACCAGAUUUGCUGGUGCCUGUGCGGAACGGGGACCUGUCAUUCCUGAGCUGCAGGCCGUCCAGGAGGACAUCCCCAUCCCAGGCAGCUUCGUGAAGCUCAGCUACCUCAGCACUCGCACCCCGGGGUACAAGUCCCUCCUGAGGAUAAUCCUGACCACCUCGGUCAUCCCCACCGGCCUGGCCAAGGUGCACGUGGUGGCCACCGUCGAGGGCCGGCUCUUCCAGAAGUGGUUCCCCGCGGCACCCGGGCUGGUCUACGUUCUGGCCUGGAACAAGACCGACAUCUACGGCCAGAGGGUGACGGGGCUGACGGAAGCCAUCGUGUCUGUGGGCUACGAGUAUGAAUCCUGCCCUGAUUUCAUCAUAUGGGAGAAGAGGACUGCGCUGCUGCAGGGGUUUGAGAUGACUGGAUCCAACCUGGGAGGGUGGUCCCUAGAUAAACACCACACCCUCAACCUGCAGAGUGGAAUUCUGCACAAAGGGAACGGGGAGAAUGUGUUCAUAUCCCAGCAGCCCCCUGUCAUCACCACGGUCAUGGGCAACGGCUACUACCGCACCAUUCCCUGCCCUAGCUGCAAUGGUCCUGCCUUAGACAGCAAGCUCUUCGCCCCCGUCGCUGUGGCUUGUGGCUCUGACGGCAGUGUAUACGUUGGGGACUUCAACUUUGUGCGGCGGAUCCUUCCGAACGGCUACACCAUCAGCAUCCUGGAGCUCAGGAACCGCGACAUAAGACACAGCACCAGUCCGGCCCAUAAGUACUACUUGGCAAUGGACCCGAUGAACAAUGCUCUGUACCUGUCGGACACCAGCAGCCGGAAGGUCUACAGGCUGAGGACACUCACCGAGCCCAAAGACUUAGCCAAGAACAUGGAGGUGGUGGCAGGGACUGGAGAGCAGUGCCUGCCCUUCGAUCAAGGUCACUGUGGAGAUGGUGGGAAGGCCUCUGAGGCCAUGCUCAACAACCCUAGAGGAAUUGCUGUGGACAAACGAGGCUUUGUGUACUUUGUCGACGGAACAAUGAUCAAGAGGAUCAAUGAGAAGGGCGUGAUAACAACUGUCAUAGGCUCCAAUGGGCUGACAUCAACACAGCCACUGAGCUGCGAUGCUCGCAUGGAUAUCACCCAGGUGCGGCUGGAGUGGCCAACCGACCUCGCUGUAAACCCCCUGGACAACUCCCUCUACGUCCUGGACAACAACAUCGUCAUCCAGGUGUCGGAGAGUGACCAGGUGCGGAUCGUGGCGGGACGCCCCAUCCACUGCCAAGUGCCCGGGAUCGACCACUACCUGGUGAGCAAGGCCGCCGUCCACUCAACCCUGGAGGCAGCCAAGGCCAUCGCUGUGUCCCACCAGGGGGUGCUGUACAUCGCCGAGACGGAUGAGCGGAAGAUCAACCGCAUCCAGCAGGUCACCACGAAUGGCGAGAUCUCCGUUGUUGCCGGGGCGCCGUCCGAGUGCGACUGCAAGAUCGACCCCAACUGCGACUGCUUCUCAGGUGACGGAGGCUAUGCCAGAGAUGCCAAGCUGAAAGCGCCCUCUUCCCUCGCCGUGUCCCCCGACGGGACACUCUUCAUCGCCGACCUGGGCAACAUUCGCAUCCGGGCCGUCAGCUGGAACAGGCCGCACCUCAGCCCCUCCCACACGUACGAGGUGGCUUCAGCGCCGGACCAGGAGCUGUACCUGUUCAGCGCCAACGGCACCCACCUCCACACGAAGAACCUCAUCACAGGGGACUACGUCUACAACUUCACCUACUCCGCCGAGGGUCACGUCAGUGCCAUCAUCGGCGCAGACGGCGACUCCGUCCACAUCCGCCGCGAUGCGAACGGCGUGCCGCUGUGGCUGGUGGUUCCCGGAGGCCAGGUCUACUGGCUCACCAUCAGCAACAAUGGCGCCCUCAAGAGGGUGUCUGACCAGGGUCACGACCUGGCGCAGGUCACCUACCACGGCAACUCGGGUCUUCUAGCAACAAGCAAUGACGAAAAUGGCUGGACCACCGUCUAUGAGUAUAACUCUGAAGGCCACCUCAUCAAUGUCACUUUCCCAACGGGAGAAGUGAGCAGUUACCACGGUAACAUGGAGAAGUCUGUCAGGGUGGAGGUGGACACCUCAAAUGGAGAGAACUUCGUCACAGCCACCAACUUCUCGGCCACCAACACGAUCUACACGCUGCGCCAAGAUCACUCUCAGAACACCUACAGAGUCAGUGCCGAUGGGUCACUGCGCGUCACCUUCGGCAGCGGCAUGGAGGUGACGCUUAGCACGGAGCCGCACCUGUCCAUGGGUACGGUCAAUCCCACAGUGGGCAGGUGCAACAUCAGCCUGCCAGGCGAGCACAGCCCAAGCCUGAUCGAGUGGAGGCAGAGGAGGGAACAGGCCAAAGGCAACUACACCACAUAUGAGCGCCGACUGAGGGCUCAUAACAGAAAUCUGCUGUCCAUAGACUUUGACCAAGCCACACGAGUGGGCAAGAUCUAUGAUGACCAUCGCAAAUUUACCCUCAGGAUCCUCUAUGACCAAAUGGGACGUCCCAUUCUGUGGUCACCUAGUAGCAAAUACAAUGAGGUGAAUGUCUCUUACUCUGCCAUGGGCCUGGUCACCAGCAUUCAGCGAGGAAACUGGACCGAAAAGCUUGAGUAUGACAGUGGCAGGGUUGUCUCCAGAACAUGGGCCAACGGCAAGAUAUGGAGCUACACUUUCCUGGAGAAGUCAGUCAUGCUGCUGCUGCAUAGCCAGCGCAGGUACAUCUUCGAGUACGACCAGACGGAUCGCCUCCUGUCCGUCACCAUGCCCAGCAUGGUACGGCACGGCAUGCAGUCCAUCCUGUCGGUCGGCUACUACAGGAACAUCUACAGCCCGCCGGACAGCAACUCCACCUUCAUCCAGGACUACACCCGUGACGGACACCUGCUUCAGACCCUCCACCUGGGCACCGGGCGCCGGGUCCUCUACAAAUACACCAAGCAGUCCCGCCUGGCGGAGAUCCUCUACGACACCACCCUGGUCACCUUCACCCACGACGAGGCCUCGGGCAUGGUUAAAACCAUCCACCUCAUGCACGAGGGCUUCACCUGCACCAUCAGAUACAGGCAGACAGGUCCUCUUGUUGGCCGUCAGAUCUUCAGAUUUAGUGAAGAGGGGCUUGUUAAUGCCCGAUUUGACUACAGCUAUAACAACUUUAGAGUAACCAGCAUGCAAGCCAUGAUAAAUGAAACCCCUCUCCCCAUCGACCUCUAUCGCUAUGUUGAUGUUUCCGGACGAAUAGAACAGUUUGGCAAAUUCAGUGUCAUCAACUAUGACCUCAACCAGGUCAUUACCACGCACGUCAUGAAACACACUAAGAUAUUCAACGCCAACGGCCAGGUGAUCGAAGUCCAGUACGAAAUACUGAAGUCCAUCGCCUACUGGAUGACGGUGCAGUACGAUAACAUGGGCCGCACCACGAUCUGCGACAUCAGGAUAGGGGUGGACAGCAACAUCACGCGGUACUCUUACGAGUACGAUGCGGACAGCCAGCUCCAGAGCGUGUCGGUGAACGACCGGCCGCAGUGGCGCUACAGUUACGACCUCAACGGCAACAUCAACCUGCUGAGCCACGGCAACAGCGCCCGGCUGACCCCUCUGCGCUAUGACCUACGAGACCGAAUCACGAGGCUGGGGGAGAUCCAGUACAAAAUGGAUGAGGAUGGCUUCCUCCGGCAACGGGGCAGUGACGUGUUCGAGUACAACUCCAAUGGGCUCCUGACCAAAGCGUACAGCAAAGUGUCGGACCAAAGCGUGCAGUACCGCUACGACGGCCUGGGCAGGCGGGUAGCCAGCAGGUCCAGUGCCGGGCUGCACCUCCAGUUUUUCUACGCGGACCUCACCAAGCCAACGAGGGUCACUCACAUGUACAACCACAGCAGCUCCGAAAUAACAUCCCUCUACUACGACCUCCAGGGUCACCUCAUCGCCAUGGAGCUCAGCAGCGGGGAGGAGUACUACGUCGCCUGUGACAACUCCGGCACCCCCUUAGCCAUUUUCAGCAGCCGGGGGCAAAUCGUCAAAGAGAUUUUGUACACACCCUACGGGGACAUAUACCAGGACUCUAACCCCUCCUUCCAGCUGGUCAUCGGAUUCCACGGGGGUCUCUAUGACCCGCUGACCAAGCUCGUCCAUCUGGGACGCCGGGAUUAUGAUGUGGUGGCGGGGCGGUGGACCACCCCUAACUAUGACCUGUGGAAGGAGCUCAGCACAAACCCAAGGCCCUUCAAUCUCUACUCCUUCAAAAACAAUUGUCCAGUUGGGGAGCUGCAGGAAGUUACUCAGUUCACUACUGAUAUUGGCAGCUGGUUGCAGCUGUUCGGCUUUCAGCUACACAACGUAGUUCCCGGUUUCCCCAAACCAGAUGUGGAGAUGACAGAGCAGACAUAUGAACUGAUGAAGACUCAAACAAAGACACAGGACUGGGACCCCAGCAAGGUGGUCCUUGGCAUUCAGUGUGAGCUGCAGAAGCACCUGCGGACCUUCAUCUCCCUGGACCGUCUGCCCAUGACCCAGGAAAGGGGCUCGGCAGGGCGGCGCUUGGACCGGGGCCCGAAGUUCUCCACCGCCUCCUCACUCUUUGGGAAGGGUGUCAGGUUCGCAAUCGUUGACAGCGUCACCACGGCCGACAUCAUCGGGGUGGCCAAUGAGGACAGCCGACGCAUCGCCGCCGUCCUCAACAACGCUGUCUACCUGACCGGCCUGCACUUCACCAUCGAGGGCCGCGACACCCACUACUUCGUCAAGCUCGGCCCCCUGGAGGGCGACCUGGGCGUGAUUGGGGCCGGCGGCGGCAGCGUCCUCGAGAAUGGCGUCAACGUCACCGUGUCCCAGAUGACCUCCGUGGUGGGCGGGAGGACUAGGCGCUUUGCCGACAUCCAGCUCCAGUGGGGCGCCCUCUGCUUCAACGUCCGGUACGGGGCCACAGUGGAGGAGGAAAGGGAGCAUGUGCAGGAGAUGGCCCGCCAGAGGGCGGUGGAGCAGGCCUGGACACGAGAGCAGAAGAGGCUCCGGGAGGGUGAAGAGGGCGUCAGGGCGUGGACCGAGGGCGAGCGGCAGCAGCUGCUGACCACGGGGAAGGUGUCGGGCUACGAUGGCUACUUCGUCCUGUCCGUGGAGCAGUACCUGGAACUCUCUGACAGUGCCAACAACAUUCACUUUAUGAGACAGAACGAAAUAGGAAGGAGGUAACAGUGGUAACACUCCACCCCGCCUCUCCUUCACCAAAGACUGCCUGUUUUUAGACUGCAAUGAUUUGUUGUACUGUUUUUCUAGAAUGACAACUCUGUAAAUAGGUAUUUAAAAAAAAAGAAAACUGAAGAAAAUUAU